AUGGCGCGCCUGGGACGCCUCGCCCUUGGCCUUGGCCUUGGCCUUGCCUCGGCGGAAGUGAACCGCAGCGGACACGGUCACCUUCGGCGUUUGGGCACAGUCGCGGCAGAAGUCGGCGCCAACGCUGAUGCUAGCCUCCGCUGCGGGCCGUUGGACAUGCCGGAGAAUGCACAGUGCAAGGAGGUGGUGGAGUGGGCUGCUGGCGGUGGAAAGUGGGAUACCAAGGCGGACAACUGGUAUCGCAACAUGCCCAGCAUAGCUGGCGUGAAGCACGACCAGGCUACCUUGGCGGAUUUCCAGCGCCUGUACUAUUGCGCACCUCCAGGAAAGGACAAGUUCUGUGGGUUGCCACCCUGCACGGGCUGCAGCGAGCCGCCGUGCACUGACUGCUUCGCGGGGCACCAGCUCUACGCUUCGGUGCGCCCCGGCUGCGACGGGAGCAACAGGGGCAUCGGCUGCGUGCCACCCAAGACGGCCAUGGCAUACAAGGGACAGCACUGGCCCACCACCACGGUCUAUGGCACCCAGGAGAUGCACAUCUUCGCGAUUGGAGACUGGGGAGGCAUGGACGGCUCCUUGGACACGGCCGAGGGGAGGCCCAACAUCGUGGCCUACAACUGGGGCAAGCGACCGGGGCCCAGCGUGUUCCCUUGGAGCCGUUGGAACAAGGCUCACACGGUGCAAUUCUGCGAUCACAAGCAGUUGGUGGAGUGCUUCAAUACUCGCGGCCAACCACCCUGCAUCCCAGAGUGCGGCUAUGUGCCUGGGGUAGACGACAAUCCGCAGAUCCUGGUGGCAAACGCCUUUAAAGCCCGGGCAGCGCUAAACGAUCCCCAGUACAUCCUCAAUGUGGGCGACAACUUCUACUGGGGAGGCAUUGAGAAGACCUGUGGAGAGCCGAUGAACAAGAUCGCCUACCCGACCAAGCAUCAGUUUGAUCAGAUCUUCGAGGGCGUCUACCAAGGAGCUGGACUGAGCCACAAGCCCUGGUUCAGUGUCUUGGGAAACCACGACUGGGGAGGCUUCAAGUUCGACAAUGCUUGGGAUCAGCAGAUGUCCUACACGUGGGCCUCGGACCGAUGGGUAUUGCCGGCCCCCUACUACAAGACCUCAGUGGUUUAUGCAGACCUUGGUUUCGACGUGGACUAUUACUUCUUGGAUUCCAACUUUGUGGAUGCCAAGCCCCCUGAGGAGGAUCCAAAUCACAAUAUGUGCAGUCGCAAGAACAACAAGCCCUCGGCCACCUGUGGUGCUGCCGAUGGCCCCACCAGCGUGGACAGCUGCCCUGGAUGGUUUGCUGCACUGUGGGAGGAGCAGAAAGAGUGGGUGACUCGGCUCCUGCCAAAGAGUCAAGCCUCGUGGCAGAUCGCAGUGACGCAUUUCCCCUGCGGUCACGAGCAAGGCUUCUACAAAGGCUUGGCCAAUAUGGGCCUCGACCUGCUGGUCACUGGACAUCGUCAUGAUCAGGAGCUUUGGUUCCCUGAUGACUACGCAAAGAACCACAUGGGUAUCACUUGCCUCGUCACUGGUGGAGGUGGAGGGAUUACCUCCGAGGCCACUCCAGAUCCCGAUCACACAGAAGACUGGUAUGGGGAAGCCCAGUAUGGUUUCUACGAUUUGACCAUCAGCAAGUCGGAGAUUUUCAUUGAAUCAGUGAACUACGAUGGUGAGGUCUUGAACCUACCGCGCUUGGCAAAGUACUACGCGGAGCUAAACAUCAUCAACGAGCUGGAGCAUGUCUCUCGCUUCAUCAGAAAGAUGCUGCCGAGGUACAACCCUCAUCAGUUGGCUCUAACAGCUCAUGCCUUUGGCAUCGCCAAACUGCAGGACAAAGACAUGAUGGCAAAAAUCGCCAGGCUUAUUGCGCCACGGCUCAGUGAGAUCACGCCGAUGGAACUAGUGCGCCUGGCCCAGGCCUACGCCAGCACGGAAGUUUGUCACUAUACUCUCCUGGCGCAGUUGUCCGCUCAAGCCCAAGUGCGGGUUCAGCAGGCUAGCACCGGAGAGGUGAUUCCCGGUUCAUGUCCCAGCUUUUCGCAGUUGGUGGAGCUGGCCGAAGCCUUUGCUCAACUGAAGUUUCAGGACUAUUCUUUCUUUGAGAUGGUGUCCCUGCAGGCGGAAACCUUCUUGUUGCAUGGCUAUCCAGGACCCACGCCGCCAGCGCUCGCAGGGCUGUGCCAGGCGUGUGCUCGACUCAAGGUCCAUGAAAUUCGGCUCUUCGAGGUCAUUCUGGCUCAUGUGGAAGAUAACUGGUACGACUACCCUGCGUGGAGCCUCGCGGAGAUCGGUGCCGCGCUGGCGCCCAUCAUGCCUUCGGCUAGGUUCGAGAAUGUGUACCGACAGAUGCUCACGCAGAUUCGCCAUGAUCGUGAUACAUUGAACUUGAGGGGUCUCACAGCGGCCGCACGCUUCAUGGCCGAAGUGGAUCACAAAGGGCAGUUCCUUCCUGGCUUUGCUGAGGCUUUGGCACAACGGUUCAUGGCACUCAAGGAUGAGUCGAAGGAACGUUAUGACGUGGCGCGAGUGACGGAAAUCUUUGCGAAACGAUGUCCGGAAGACCAAGCCCUCUUCUCGACACUUUGUCGGCAUUUGCAUCGACACCUGGGCAUUUUCGAGCCAGUGGACUUCGUGCGCUUUACCCGUGGCUUGGCGGCGUCCGAGUACCGAGAUCAACGAGUGACGCAUGCCCUUCCCAAGUGGGCUCAGAAAAGACACCAGGAGUUCUCUCCACACGACUGGGAUUCCUUCGUAACCUCCUUGACAAAGUUAGGGGCAUCCGACGUGCGAGAGAGCCAACUCCGAGAGAUCGGGCCACCAGCUCCCAGCGAACCCGCGACCUUCAGCGGUGGGCAAAUGGCGAUGGCGAAAGCUCAGAUCACAUCGAAUGGAUAA